GCGGGCAGGGGCCCGGGGGCCGGGGCCUGGAGGAUAGGCGAGGCAGCGGCGAGUGCGGGGCCGGCGGUCGGGGAGGGCGGUGCCAUGGGGUCGCGGAGGGCCCCCAGCCGGGGCUGGGGCGCGGGUGGGCGGUCGGGGGCGGGGGGCGACGGUGAGGACGACGGCCCCGUGUGGAUCCCCAGCCCAGCCAGCCGGAGCUACCUGCUCAGCGUGCGGCCCGAGACCAGCUUAUCAAGCAACCGGUUGUCUCACCCCAGCUCUGGAAGGAGCACCUUCUGCUCCAUCAUUGCUCAGCUCACAGAGGAGACCCAGCCGCUAUUUGAGACCACGCUCAAGUCCCGGUCUGUGUCCGAGGACAGCGACGUCAGGUUCACCUGCAUCGUCACAGGAUACCCAGAGCCAGAGGUGACCUGGUACAAGGAUGAUACGGAGCUGGACCGCUACUGUGGCUUGCCAAAAUAUGAGAUCACUCAUCAGGGCAACCGCCACACACUGCAGCUGUACAGGAGGGGAGAGGUGGCACCUCCCGCUCCUACCUCUAGGUGUCGAGAAGAAGAUGCCGCCAUCUACCAGGCCUCUGCCCAGAACAGCAAGGGCAUUGUGUCCUGCUCAGGGGUCCUGGAGGUGGGCACCAUGACCGAGUACAAGAUCCACCAGCGCUGGUUCGCCAAGUUGAAGCGCAAGGCUGCGGCAAAGCUGCGCGAGAUCGAGCAGAGCUGGAAGCACGAGAAGGCGGUGCCUGGGGAGGCCGACACUCUGCGCAAGCUCAGCCCCGACCGCUUCCAGCGAAAGCGGCGAUUGAGCGGGGCUCAAGCGCCGGGCCCCUCGGUCCCUACCAGGGAGCCUGAGGGUGGGACCCUGGCGGCUUGGCAGGAGGGAGAGACUGAGACUGCUCAGCACUCAGGUUUGGGCCUGAUCAACAGUUUUGCUUCUGGAGAAGUGACCACCAACGGGGAGGCUGCCCCCGAGAAUGGAGAGGACGGAGAGCAUGGCUUGCUGACAUACAUCUGUGACGCCAUGGAGCUGGGGCCUCAGAGAGCCCUCAAAGAGGAGAGUGGGGCCAAGAAGAAAAAGAAAGAUGAGGAAUCCAAGCAAGGCCUGCGGAAGCUAGAGUUAGAGAAGGCAGCCCAAAGCCGCCGUUCUUCAGAAAACUGCAUCCCCAGCUCAGACGAGCCUGACUCCUGUGGGACUCAGGGGCCCGUGGGCGUGGAGCAGGUUCAGACCCAGCCCAGAGGCAGGGCUGCACGGGGGCCUGGGUCCUCUGGCACAGAUAGUACCAGGAAGCCAGCCUCUGCUGUGGGCACUCCAGACAAGGCCCAGAAGGCCCCUGGCCCAGGCCCAGGCCAGGAAGUGUAUUUCUCCUUGAAGGACAUGUACCUGGAGAACACCCAGGCAGUCAGGCCUCUUGGGGAAGAGGGACCCCAGACCCUGAGUGUCCGGGCGCCUGGAGAGAGUCCCAAGGGGAAGGCACCCCUCAGGGCUAGAAGCGAGGGGGUGCCUGGCGCUCCUGGCCAGCCCACACACUCCUUGACCCCCCAGCCGACUAGGCCUUUCAACAGAAAGAGAUUUGCCCCUCCAAAGCCCAAAGGAGAGGCCACCACUGACAGCAAGCCCAUUUCUUCUCUGAGUCAAGCUCCAGAAUGCGGGGCCCAGAGCUUAGGAAAGGCCCCACCUCAGGCCUCUGUGCAGGUGCCGACACCCCCUGCCCGGCGGAGACAUGGCACCCGGGACAGCCCGUUGCAGGGGCAAGCAGGCCACAGGACUCCAGGAGAGGUCCUGGAAUGCCAGACAACCACGGCUCCUACCAUGUUGGCCAGCAGCAGCUCUGAUGUAGCCUCCAUUGGGGUUAGCACUUCCGGAAGCCAAGGUAUCAUUGAACCCAUGGAUAUGGAAACCCAGGAGGAUGGGAGAACAUCUGCUAACCAGAGAACUGGAAGCAAGAAGAAUGUGCAGGCAGAUGGGAAGAUACAAGUCGAUGGACGGACCAGGGGAGAUGGAACACAGACAGCCCAGAGGACAGGGGCAGAUAGGAAGACGCAGGUGGAUGCUGGGACACAAGAAAGCAAGAGGCCACAGUCAGACAGGAGUGCACAGAAGGGCAUGAUGACACAGGGCAGGGCAGAGACACAGCUAGAAACAACACAGGCAGGUGAGAAGAUACAGGAAGACAGGAAGGCCCAGGCAGAUAAGGGCACACAGGAAGACAGAAGGAUACAGGGAGAGAAGGGGACGCAGUCAGAGGGGAGCGCGCCCACAGCCAUGGAAGGUCAGUCAGAGCAGGAGGUGGCAACCAGCCUCGGCCCACCAUCCAGAACCCCCAAACUCCCACCUACAGCGGGUCCUAGAGCUCCUCUGAAUAUUGAAUGUUUUGUACAGACCCCAGAAGGGUCUUGUUUCCCAGAAAAACCUGGUUUCCUGCCCAGAUCUGAGGAGGCAGUAGUAACAGCCUCCAGGAACCAUGAGCAAACUGUGCUGGGUCCCCUGUCAGGGAACCUCAUGCUCCCAGCACAGCCGUCCCGUGAGGGGAGUGUGGAGCAGGUGGGAGGAGAGAGAUGCCAAGGGCCACAGUCAUCAGGCCCAGUCGAGGCCAAGCAGGAGGACAGCCCGUUCCAGUGCCCCAAGGAGGAGCGGCCAGGGGGAGUGCCGUGUAUGGAUCAGGGUGGCUGUCCUCCAGCUGGCCUGAGCCAGGAGGUACCCACGAUGCCUUCUCUUCCUGGAACUGGGCUGACUGCUAGCCCAAAGGAGGGGCCGAGUAGCACCCCGACUUCUCAGCACGGGAGCACAGCCACCUUCCUGCCCUCUGAGGAUCAGGUCCUGAUGAGUUCUGCCCCAACACUGCACCUGGGGCUGGGGACCCCCACUCAGAGUCACCCACCAGAAACCAUGGCCACCAGCAGUGAGGGAGCCUGCGCCCAGGUACCAGAUGUGGAGGGGCGGACCCCAGGUCCCCGGAGCUGUGACCCUGGCCUCAUAGAUUCCCUGAAGAACUACCUGCUUCUGCUGCUGAAGCUGUCCAGCACAGAGACAAGUGCAGCAGGGGGAGAGUCCCAGGUGGGGGCAGCCACCGGAGGUCUGGUGCACUCAGCCACUCUAACACCCACUGUGGAAGUGGCUGGGCUUAGUCCCCGGACAUCGAGGCGCAUCCUGGAGCGUGUGGAGAACAACCACCUGGUGCAGAGUGCACAGACCCUGCUGCUGAGCCCCUGUACCUCCCGCCGCCUCACCGGCCUCCUGGACCGCGAGGUGCAGGCUGGCCGCCAGGCCCUUGCUGCUGCCCGAGGCUCCUGGGGUCCUGGUCCCAGCUCCCUUACUGUCCCUGCCAUUGUGGUAGACGAGGAGGACCCUGGGCUGGCCUCAGAAGGAGCCAGUGAGGGUGAAGGAGAGGUUUCCCUUGAGGGGCCUGGCCUCCUGGGGGCCUCUCAGGAGAGCAGCAUGGCUGGUCGACUGGGGGAGGCGGGUGGGCAGGCAGCCCCUGGGCAGGGACCCUCAGCAGAGAGCAUAGCCCAGGAGCCCUCCCAAGAGGAGAAGUUCCCAGGGGAGGCUCUGACAGGCCUCCCGGCAGCUACACCUGAGGAACUGGCUCUAGGGGCCCGGAGGAAGAGAUUUCUCCCUAAGGUCAGAGCAGCAGGAGACGGGGAGGCAACCACACCUGAAGAAAGGGAGAGCCCCACGGUUUCCCCCCGGGGGCCCAGGAAAAGCCUGGUGCCUGGGUCCCCGGGGACUCCAGGGCGGGAGAGACGCUCCCCUACGCAGGGCAGAAAGGCGAGCAUGCUGGAGGUGCCUCGGGCAGAGGAGGAGCUGGCGGCAGGAGACCUGGGCCCCAGCCCCAAGGCCGGUGGUCUGGACACAGAGGUGGCCCUGGAUGAAGGCAAGCAGGAGACACUGGCCAAGCCCAGGAAAGCCAAAGACCUGCUGAAAGCCCCACAGGUGAUCCGGAAGAUUCGGGUGGAGCAGUUUCCUGAUGCCUCCGGUAGCCUGAAGCUCUGGUGCCAGUUUUUCAACAUUCUUAGUGACUCAGUCUUGACAUGGGCCAAGGAUCAGCGCCCAGUGGGCGAGGUGGGCAGGAGCGCAGGGGAUGAGGGGCCGGCGGCCUUGGCCAUCGUGCAGGCCUCCCCCGUAGACUGCGGCGUGUAUCGGUGCACCAUCCACAAUGAGCACGGCUCGGCCUCCACCGACUUCUGCCUCAGCCCUGAGGUGUUGUCAGGAUUCAUCUCCAGAGAAGAAGGUGAAGUUGGAGAAGAGAUUGAGAUGACCCCUAUGGUGUUUGCUAAGGGUCUGGCUGACUCUGGCUGCUGGGGGGACAAGCUCUUUGGGCGACUGGUAAGCGAGGAGCUCCGAGGGGGUGGAUAUGGGUGUGGCCUUCGGAAGGCCUCCCAGGCCAAGGUCAUCUACGGGCUGGAACCCAUCUUCGAGUCGGGCCGCACGUGCAUCAUCAAGGUGUCCAGCCUGCUUGUGUUUGGGCCCAGCAGUGAGACUUCUCUUGUGGGCAGAAACUACGACGUCACCAUCCAGGGGUGCAAGAUCCAGAACAUGAGUCGGGAGUACUGCAAAAUCUUCGCAGCAGAAGCCCGGGCCGCGCCUGGCUUUGGGGAGGUGCCUGAGAUCAUCCCACUGUAUCUGAUCUACCGGCCUGCAAACAAUAUCCCAUAUGCUACCCUGGAGGAAGACCUGGGCAAGCCCCUGGAGUCUUACUGUUCUCGGGAAUGGGGCUGUGCUGAGGCUCUGACAGCAUUUGGCAGCUCUGAGGCCAUGCAGAAAUGCCAGACCUUCCAGCACUGGCUGUAUCAGUGGACAAAUGGCAGCUUCCUUGUCACAGACUUGGCAGGGGUUGACUGGAAGAUGACUGAUGUGCAGAUUGCUACCAAAGUCCGAGGAUACCAGGGCCUCAAGGAAAGCUGCUUCCCUGCCCUGCUGGACCGGUUCGCCUCCUCCCACCAGUGCAACGCCUACUGUGAGCUGCUGGGGCUGACACCUCUCAAGGGCCCUGAGGCGGCCCACCCCCAAGCCAAAGCCAAAGGCUCUAAGAGUCCAUCUGCUGGCAGGAAAGGCUCCCAGCUGAGUCCUCAGCCCCAGAAGAAAGGCCUCCCUAGUCCUCAGGGCACCCGGAAGAGUGCUCCAAGUUCCAAGGCCACCCCUCAGGCCUCAGAGCCAGUCACCACUCAGUUGUUGGGACAGCCUCCCACCCAAGAGGAGGGCUCCAAGGCCCAGGGCAUGCGGUAGCCUCCACGGGAGGCUGGGGGCCUCCACCCAGCAUUAGACCAACCAGGAAGCAGCUUGAACUGGAUGGAGACUUUCCAAAUAUGGAACUAACUGGAGAAGGUGCACGAAGGAGACACCACUUGGGGACCUCUCUGAGCAGGCUCUCAUGACUCAGCUCAUCAUCAGAUGGCUUUGGUGCAUGGCACAUAGCCCACUGGCCUCUUCUGGUGCCACUGUCACCCAGGGCUCCCGGGCCUCAAGCAGUCCCCACCUCCGAGUGCCUGGCAACCUAGGCCCUCCUUGAAGUUUACACUUUGCCACUGCUGGAGGCUCCCCUGAGUCCUCUGCAUGAGUUCUGCACCCCAAGCCCUUGCCCCAGCCCAGUCCAGCAGCAGAUGUUAUAAUCUGAGUGAGGACAUGCAGGCCAACUUUUACCCUCCUGCAUUUGCCUGGCCCUGAUCUCGCCUGUCCUCAGGGAUCCAGACUUCCUCUGCUGGUCUGGCCUGGUGACUCUCAGGGUAUCUUCUCCUUCCAGCUACUUUCGCUCACUGAUCUCAGCUUAUCCUGCAACUAACCAUCCUUGAGCCCAGAUGGGGCUCAGGGCCCUUCCAGAGCCUGUCAUGUCCUUGUGCAGUGGCCUUUGAUGUGUGUUCAUGCUCUUACCCCUUCACUCACUCGCCUGCUUCCCAUGCUCCCUUGUACCCCCUUGCUACAUCCCUGUCUUGGGGCCCAGCUGCAGCCUGCUGCCUGCCCUUCAUGGCUCUGCGCAUGGCCCUUUGCUUGAGGGCUCCCCACUCCCUGCCCACCAAUACCCAGGUGAGGAACAGACCCUCUGGCCUCUCACCCCACUUCAGUGCUCUCUUCCCCAACUUCUCUCGGGCUCUUUGCUCAUGAGGUGAGAGCUGGUGUGAGGGUUGUGUCAGCAGCUGUAGCCAGAGAGAGGUGUUGACUCUGAGAGACCUUGCACUCCAUACUGAAAGGAGGUGGGGUCACAGUGAAUUUCACAUCCCCUCUCAACCAGGAGUGGAGGGCUAGGUCCCUUCCCCAUGGGGAGUACACUUGGGUGUUCUAGGAGGGAUGCAGUCUAUCCAUGCACUUGGGUGGAGGGGAGUCUCUGUGCCUGGGAAUUAGGACCCCUGCUCCAACCAUCGCUCUUGAUCCUGGGGCCCCAGCUCUGGGUCCUCAUGUAUGGGCUCCCAAGGACCCAGCAGCCUGGAUCCUUCCAGAGCAUCCCUCCUGGAGGCCUGGGAUGGGGUAGGUCUGCAGCUAGCCUACUCCCUUUGGAAUGCAAUAAAGGCAGCAUUGUGUGCCCUGCUUGCCCUCAUCUGGUGUGGUUGGAGGUCUGUGGAGUCAAGGUCCCCCUCUCCCAGGCAGGCUCUCUGAGGGCAUUCUGUAGUCCCAGGCCCACUGGAAAAAUGAAUCUAUAUUUUGGUUCCUGGACCGAAGUUCAGUCGCAGCCUUCUGUGGCCACAGAAAGACAGCUUGUGCUGCUUGCACAACUGAGCUGCUGGUGUGUACCCCUUAGCAGGGUGUCUGGGGACUUACACCUUUGGAAUUGCUCUUCAUUCAGAAGAGGAACACAAAGGAAGCCACCCAGGAAGGAAGCACAGAGCUGGGGGCUCUGGAAACGCCCUGUGUCUCUGGCUACAGCAAGACCAGCCCAGGAGCCCACCAGCACCUGCCUCUCAGCUACUUGCUGACCAUUUCCUGCUUCUCAAGCUGCAGAGAAGCUUUUCAUUCCCACCCCCACCCGGAACCUCCCCUUGCCUAACAUUUCCCCUCUAUGGUAACAUCUCUGACUUCUCUACCUCCUCUGUGCUCAGGUGACUCCACAUCUUCUGCCCCAGUGUGUCCCCACCUCUCCCAGCCUGUAUAUCCAGAUUACUUUGGUGAACUGAGA